AUGCCGCCGCCGCAGUCGGGCAUGGCCCUCUGCCGCCUUCCCACGGCCACCGUUGGCCUUCCGCUUUCUCUCCCCUGUUUGCUAUCUCGGCCCCGCAUGUCCCUCGCCGCACGUCGCGCCAGGGCCGUCGCCGCCAGGGCCUCCUCCUCCUCCUCCUCCUCUCCAUCACCGGACUCUUCCUUCGGUUCGCGGAUGGAGGAUUCCGUCAAGAAGACGGUGGCCGACAACCCCGUUGUCAUCUACUCCAAGUCAUGGUGCUCAUAUUCCAUGGAGGUGAAGGCGCUCUUCAAGCGGAUCGGUGUGCAGCCCCACGUCAUCGAGCUCGACCAUCUCGGUGCUCAAGGACCACAACUACAAAAGGUAUUAGAGAGGCUGACUGGACAGACUACUGUUCCUAAUGUUUUCAUCGGUGGAAAGCAUGUUGGUGGCUGUACAGAUACUGUGAAGCUGUAUCGCAAGGGGGAGCUAGCUAGCAUGCUAUCGGACUUGGAUAUCAACAUUAACAACUCAUGACAAGUUUGAGCAUGUUCUACAAGGAUGGAUUCGGCUUGAGAGGCUUGGGCAGCCCUGUAUUGAGUUUUUAAUUGUUGCAGAUCCAUUAUGCCGGCAUGGAAAAAAAAACUGGUGUCCUUUACACAUUUUUGUUUGGUACCCCAAUUAAAUCAUUUAAUUUGACCAUUA